UUUACUGUUCAUAAAUUUUAAAAAAUAUCAACGAUGGAGUGUAAAACGGGUGACUCUAUUCUUCAUGCAGUGAAUGAAUACGUAAGCAAGCUCUCCCAUUUUGUAAAUGGUUCAAACGUAUAGUCGCAGAGCUGAAUUUAAACAUCUGAUGCUGCGAUUUUUACAUGUUUGGAGUCCAGUUUUUUUAUUUGGAAAGAUAAUUAUUUAAUGGUUACAAAAUUGAUCAUAAUAAAGUGAAAAAAGAAACGAAAGAAAAGGUUUUUGUUUGAAAAGACUUUGCAGCAAGAAGCUAUUUCGUUAAAUUUUUUUAAAAAAAGUUUAAAUAUAAAGCCUACAGUCAGAGACAUUUCAAGUAAAAGAAAUAUGACGCAAGAGAAUUGAUAUGUCGUCUGCAGAAGAGUUUCCACUAGAUAAAAUACCGCGCAACUAAUCGAAGUAUCGCUAAACUAAUCGAAGUAUCGCUAAACUAAUUGAAGUAUCGCUAAAUUAAUCGAAGUAUCGCUAAAUUAAUCGAAGUAUCGCUAAAUUAAUCGAAGUAUCGCUAAAUUAAUCGAAGUAUCGCUAAAUUAAUCGAAGUAUCGCUAAAUUAAUCGAAGUAUCGCUAAAUUAAUCGAAGUGUCGCUAAAUUAAUCGAAGUAUCGCUAAAUUAACUAAAAAAAAAUAUACAAGUAAACACUCAAAAAAACUGAGCACAUCAACAUGCCAGGUUCUAUUUUAAUCAACGACGGACGUCGUUCAGCAUCACCAGAUCGACGAGUGACGUUUGGUAACAUUGAGAGAUACGAUAUCAUGACGUCGAAUGAAAUCAAGAACAACAUUCAGCAAAGGGGAAGCAACAGAGAUGUUAUGACUGUAAAUGGUAACUAUCCAAUGACAAGGUUGGACAAUCGCAUCAGAAAGGCUGUUAUGCUUGGAUUCGCCCAUACUAUAGGUGACUCUGUAGCAUAUGAAGAGAUCAUUGACUUUUUGUUGGAGUUUGACGUCAUUGUCAAUCCUAAAGUUUGCAACGAGCGGCAAAUAACUGCGAUCGUUCAAUCUUCAUUCCCGAAAUGCAUUGUCAAAUCAAGUGUUCGACAUUCAGUGGUGUAUUACAACCUAGAAAACCGCAGUGAUGAAGUGGUGAAAGAAGAAUUGGUACGUGUGACCACGGAGCCUGUAAUAAACCCAUACGACUCAGCCAUCGCCGAAGCGCAGGCGUGGAUUAAAGAAGAACCAGAAGGUUAUGAAUCUGACGUUUCUGAUGAAGAACUAACUUUAAUCGAGGAGAAAAAAGAAGAAAAUAACAACACCACAUCUGCUGUCGAGUCAACAGACACUUCCUCGAAUCUUUCGACAAAAAACACAACCAAGUCUGAUAUGGGGCGUUUAAAUAGUGAUUCCUAUAAUGAAAACGGAACGCCCACAAAGAGGCGUAGUAUUGAAAUCGCUGUAACUGAAGGGCAUUCGAUUGAAAAAAGUAUGCCUAUCGCGAGGCGUUUUUAUGACAGUGGAAAUAACGACGAGAUUAAACCUAUGAGAGAAUACAUUGUUGAGAGAAGUACGCCCGUCCAGGAUCAAAUGAUACAAAGAAGUACGCCCGUCCAUGAUCAAAUGAUACAAAGAAGUACGCCUGUCCAUGAUCAAAUGAUACAAAGAAGUACGCCUGUCCAUGAUCACAUGGUGCAAAGAAGAACGCCCGCCCAUGAUCAAAUGAUGCAGAGGAGUACGCCCGUCCAUGAUCAAAUAUUACAAAGAAAUACGCCUAUUAGAGAUCACAUGGUUGGAAGAAAUACACCAAUCAAAGAACAGCACAUGCAAAAACCGACCGUAAUGAGAGAUCAUGUUCUAGACAGAAAUACAAUAAUAACAGAAAACAUAUCAGGACAAAAUUCAUCGACAAUAGAACUUUCAUCUCCAGUGAGAGAGCGUGCUAUCGAUGUACCAGACUCUGCUGUUAUCCAAAAUAAAAAUAAAAGAGAGAUCGGAGUGAAGACGGGGGUUCACAAAUCAGAAAAACAAGUUAAUUUGAAAAGAACAGGUUCGUUUUCAAACGCUACUCAAAGUCACAGCGUUACCGAUAUGGCAAAAAAAUUCGAAUCGAAACCCCCUGAUAGUCCAUCAAAAUCAAGUUUACAACGAAAACGAUCAUUCACUCGCUCAACUGAUCGUUCUUUUGUUGGUUCAAUAAGAGAUCGAUUCCGUGCAAGUAAAUCAAAAGAAGAAAAUAAAAAAGGAGGCGACGAAAAGAAAGAUAAAAAAGCUAAAAAAGGGGAUGAUGAAAGGAAAGAUACAGAUUCUGUAAAUCAUAACGAAGAUAGCAAAACGAAGAUCCCGAGCACUAGUAUAACUCGUAACACCACGCGAACAAGCAGUGUUCGUAAAAAUCAAGGUUUAAGUGGAAGUUGCGUCGAUGUAAGAAGUUCUUUUCGUAACAAAACCGAAACAGAGCGAGGUUUAACUCGAAACUCUUCAACAAGUGCUAGCGCUACUGAUAUUCGCAGCUCGUUUCGAAAUAGUUCGACAAGGUCUUCAAUCAAUCGUUCGGUGCAACGUUUAAAUAAAGAAGAAAACAGUGCUCCUAAAAGUCCGUACCUGCAAAGAGCUAACAAUGCUCAAAAACCGUCACAAACGAAUGAGCUACGUGCUUCAUUGCGACGCACAUCUGCCGAAAAACAAACAAACCGCUCUGAGUUAGUGACACGAGGGAGCAUUAACAGAAGUUCGUAUCGCGCAGCAAACUCAUCUAGCUCUUCUCUCUUGCCAGGAAGCAAUCGCUCAUCUUUUAGAGAUUCCAAAACUGGUGCUGUGAAAAGAACAAACUCGCGUAAAGGUUUAUCAUCCAAGGGUAGUUCUCAAACAUCGAGCACCUCCAGUACCCCAAGUAUCUCUCGCGAAAAUUCAAAAACUAAUAUAAAAAUACCCGAGAAGAAGCCGACAAAACCACAAUCAAGUCAGGAAAAAGAUUUAGUUAGAAUUGCAAAAGCAUUUCAAAAGGCGACGAAAGAAGUCGACACUGCAAAGGAUAGAAUCGAGAAAUUUAUGAUUGGAAUAGCAACUGACGAUCUCGAAGAAGCACCAAACGAACGAUUGAAACUCGAUGAUUUAUACAAUCACAUAAGACAUCGAAUGAUACUCGCAAAAGACUCGAUAUUUGAAAACCACCGAUCCAACGUAACUGUAGACAUGAGUCAGUAUUUUGAACUCUUAUUUAAAACGCUAGCAUCUCAUUUCGAUCGAGUGGGUUGUGAAAUGAUCACCAACAAAACGACAAAAGAACACACGUGUUUUCUGAUUCACGUCAAGCUUGUUGAUUACGUCGACGACUUAGGAGAUUUGACGGCGGCGAGUGUUGAAGAAGAGGACGAAAGUCCACGAGCAAGCUAUGUUUGAAAAUUAUUUAAAAUUAUGUUUUAAAGUACAUUAGGUAGCUUUUUUGUUUACUUGUAGAUUAUAUCAAUCCUUUUAUUAAAGAAGUAAUAACACACUUAUAAAGCUGCCUUGGUUUUCCCGCCAAUCAGCUACCAGA